GUAAAAAGCCGCUCUUUAGUCAGGAAGAUCCUAAGUAACUUACUUUCGUUUUCUCAAUAUAGUGUAACGUCAGUGUAGCCAGUGAAUAUUGAUCGACCACACCUCACACAACAGAAGCUAGUCCGACAGAAAUAAUGGAUAAAGAAACUUUUGAUGCUAAAACUGAGAUGACAGAAGAGGAACAAGAGAUUAAUGGGGAAGGAGAUGUAACUGAUGCGAAACCUGACAGGAAAGGGAGAUUUUUCCUGUUUGGCAGUAAAAAGCAGGAUGGCAAGUCGCAUGAGAAAGGGGAAUCUGAUGAAAGCCAUUACAGGAUUGUUUCACCGACAUUCCAGUAUAAGAUGAGCCACCGGCGCAUGGGCAAGUGCAUCAUCAUCAACAACAAGAACUUUGCUAAGGACACAGGGAUGAAUGUACGCAACGGCACAGAUCGGGAUGCAGGAGAGCUGUUCAAGUGCUUUAAAAGCUUGGGUUUUGAUGUUGUCAUCUACAAUGAUCAGACCUGUAAGAAUAUGGAACAACUCCUUAAACAGGUCUCGGAAGAAGACCACAGCGACAGCUCCUGUUUCGCCUGCAUUCUGCUGAGCCAUGGCGAGGAGGGCCUGAUUUACGGCACGGAUGGACCCAUGUCCAUCAAGACCAUGACCUCGCUCUUCAGAGGAGACAUUUGCAUGAGCCUCGUGGGCAAGCCCAAGCUCUUCUUUAUCCAGGCAUGUCGGGGUUCAGACUUUGAUGAGGGCAUACAGACAGACUCGGGGCCGCCCAAUGACACUUUAGAGACGGAUGCCAAUCCAACACAAAAGAUUCCAGUAGAGGCGGACUUCCUGUUUGCAUACUCCACUGUACCAGGUUACUACUCCUGGAGGAAUCCGGGCCAAGGCUCCUGGUUUGUUCAGGCCCUUUGUAACGUUUUUAAUGAGUUUGGCAAACAACUUGAGAUCAUGCAGAUCCUCACGCGGGUCAACUACAUGGUGGCCACUAGGUUCGAGUCGUGGUCGGAAGACCCCCGUUAUAGUGAGAAGAAGCAAAUACCUUGCAUGGUCUCCAUGUUGACUAAAGAACUCUACUUCAACUGAGUACACAAUGUUUACGUGCAGUGUUUCAACAGACUUUUCUUAGAACACAGAUUUUCUUGCCAAUGACUUUAAAUUUUUGUUAUUACAGUAAAUAUUAACCGAAUUGUAAUGCUUUUUUUUGUGAUCUGCCAUACAGAGGAACACCUCAGUCUGAUACUUGAAACAUUUUUUUAUAUAUAAAUCUAGACGGGAUUUUAAAGGACUAAUUGAACGGUGCACAUUUCUGGAAGGCGUCGAAGACACAUUGGUCAUGGUAGAAUUUCAACCAAUCUGUCAGAACAUUCAGGGAAGCUGUGUUGUUCGUGUGUGAAAGCAAUUUUUUACGUUGUGCUGGGAAUAUGGACACAGAAUAGCUCUUCCUCUGUGAUGCUUUAUGUUCGAGUUUGCUGCCUUUUUACUCUAGAAGAUAUAAACAAAAUCUUAAUAAAACACCAGUCAUUUCAAUGACUCAAAGGCAUCUGCGUUUUUGGAGUUCUGUGAAUUAGUUCUUAGACAUUUUGACUUGGAUUCAAAUGACCAGUUUUUAUUCCACUUGCACUGAGCCAUAAACACUCAAUCCUUUUUUUGCCUUUUUUUGUCAAAAUGCUGACUUAAACGGUCUCUUCAAGCAAACAAAGCUUAGAAAAUAGGUCUUUCUAAAGUGUUGGUUUUUGUUUGGACAAUUACUCAUUGUAAUAUCCUCUUUGAGUAUUUUAUGCAUUACCCUUUAUAUAUGAUUUCUUUGAGGUUGGUUUAGGAAGCUUUUAAUUACUCCAAGUGGAUCUGUGACUAUUUGAGCUUCUCUGUCUACAAAGUCCACCUUAAGUGUUCUUAAAUUUCUAAAGCUUUGCUUCUCGAUUUCUUUAUCAACAUAAAUAAAACCUUUAAUUUCAUUUUGACAUCCAAUCAGGAAAAGUUCAUAUGUUUACAAUUCCUUUACAUCCUCUGAGUAUACCUGUGGCAGUUCAGCACUUCUGUCUAUUGGCGCCUGCUUUUUUCAUUAUCAAUUUUUUUCUGCGUGUUUUUUUUAUCUUCCUUAGGGUUUACUUUUAUACAACUUCCAAAAUCUUUGCCUUCCACUAGUGUAUCAUCCAAGGCUCUAUUCAUGUGUUUGUUGAAAAUUUCAUGUCCUACAUCUAUUUUUAUAUAAUCUCUCCAGAAUGUGUUCAUUCCUUGUUAAUUGCUCAAACUUUAUCUUCUAAAAUAGCUGUGUAAUAUUCAAUGUUCGAUUCAAUCUAAUCGAUCUAUAAAUCCGUUGAAAUAAGCAAGUGUCCACUCCUAUUAGUUGAAAUCCUUUGCGUACAUACCUUGUUUGUUACAUGCACAAUACUAAGUAAUAAUAAGUAACAUUUGAACAAUAAACUUUUUUAACAACA